AUGGCUGAGAUGGAGCACACGGCUGAGGAAAUGGUAGAGGAAGAGCCGAUGGAAGAAGAUUCCUUAAUGACAAACGAUCCAGAAGAUGCUGAAAUGAUCGAUGGAAUGGAUGAGGAACAGGAGGAAUUUGAUAAGGCUAAGAAGAGCAAGAAGGCAAGUCGUGGACGGAAAUCCAAGAGCAGCCGAAAGAAAUCAGAAUAUCCAGACCCUGGAACAGCCACAUCCGCAGAGAUGUGUGCUGCUCUUGAUAUCCAGGACGUCGCUAUUGAGUAUACAGAAGAGGACUAUACUACAAUUACCAGUCUAAAGAGUUUCAUUCACCGAGUGCGACCAGCAAUUCUGGAAGCAAAUCCCAAAUGUAAUGCUACGAAGGUUUAUCCUUUAAUCCAAGUGAAAUACCGCGAAUUUCAAGAGGAUCUCGCUGCUCAGGGUCGCUCACAGGCUGUGAAGAAAGCAACAAAGCAGCCAAAACCUCCACCUCUGGAGCAGGAUAAACUCGUGGCUCCAAUCAAAAUCCGCAUAUCUGCUCGCAAAAAGCGAAGAAAUGACUCGGAUGAUGAAGGCGCCGCUGACAGCGAUCAAGAGUUCGAAUCCCUCUUGAAGCAGCAUGAACAUCAACUCGAUGAAGAGGACAAAGAGAGAGAGGAGAAAAAAGCAAGCCGCGCCGCACAACGUGCUGAUAGGAAAAAGCAGGCUUUAGAGAAAGCACAAGCCUCUCGAAAGGCUAAGCGAGCUAGGGGCGAGGAGGAAGAGAUGGAGCACCAAGACUAUUGUGAAGUAUGUAGGCAAGGAGGCGAGAUUAUCCUUUGUGACACUUGUCCCCGAGCAUAUCAUACUGUUUGUGUGGAUUCUGAAAUGGAGCAAGCUCCAGAGGGUGAAUGGAGUUGUCCUCAUUGCGAAGAGCAUGGUCCUCCACCUCCACCGAAAGAAGAAGAGCCGGUUAAAGUCAAUAUGGAGUACUGCCGAGUAUGCAAGGGUGUGGGAUCACUUCUGUGCUGCGACAACUGCCCCAGCUCUUUCCAUGCGUACUGUAUUAAUCCUCCUCUGGAAGAGGUACCCGAAGACGAGUGGCUCUGCCCGAGGUGCACCAUACCUGAGCCUAAGCAACGGCCAGAGAAAAUUUUAUGCUGGAGGUGGAUCGAAAUACCGUAUCCCGAUCCCAUUGAAGUGAAUCCCGAUCAAGAGCCAGAUAAGGAUGCUAUUCUUCUCCGCCCCCCACGCAAGAUGGAACCUCGUAGAGAAAGGGAGUUUUUCAUUAAAUGGAGAUAUAUGUCAUAUUGGCAUUGCGAAUGGGUCAGUGAAACGCUAAUGGACGUGUACUUUACCGCGCUAUUGCGAAUGUAUUGGCGAAAGUAUGAUAGCGAGAAUCCGCCCAUCUUCGACGAGUCAACUGCGCAAAGGCAUCAUAAGGACAAUGAUCCCUAUGAACUUCGCGAAAAGUUUUACCAGUACGGUAUAAAACCAGAAUGGAUGCAGGUUCAUCGCAUUAUUAAUCACAUGCAGUAUGGUAAAACACAGUUUGAUUAUCUCGUGAAAUGGAAGGAGCUUGCAUAUGAACAGGCGACAUGGGAACGGGAUGAUAUGGAUAUUGCUUAUUAUGAAGAUGCCAUAAAUAAGUAUUGGAUACAUAGGGAAAAAAUGCUCGGUGAGCCGAUUCCGAAGCAUAUUGCUAAGAAGAUUGCUGCCCAACGAGAAAAGAAGGGGCUUCCACCUCUUGAAAGUACUGACGAACCGUUGAGCAAAAAGAAGAAGCGGGAUAAGCCUCUCACUGAUAUUCGGAAAAAGUAUGAAGUGCAGCCUGAUUAUAUCUCGGAAACUGGGGGAACCCUUCACGCCUACCAACUCGAAGGAAUCAAUUGGCUUCGGCACUGUUGGUCAAAUGGAACAGACGCUAUACUCGCCGAUGAAAUGGGUUUGGGAAAAACCGUUCAAUCUCUUACCUUCUUGUAUUCUCUUUUGAAGGAAGGUCAUUCGAAGGGACCAUUUCUCAUUGCUGCACCUCUAUCAACGAUUAUCAACUGGGAGCGUGAGGCAGAGCAGUGGUGUCCCGAUUUCUAUGUCGUCACAUAUGUGGGUGACCGCGAUUCUAGAAUGGUCAUCAGAGAGCACGAAUUCUCGUUUGUCGAAGGAGCCGUGAAGGGAGGUCCUAAGGCUUCACGGAUGCGUUCCCAGGAAAAUAUGAAAUUCCAUGUUCUGCUUACUUCUUAUGAGUGCAUCAAUAUGGACAAGGCAAUUUUGUCUUCUAUCGAAUGGGAGGCUCUGGUAGUUGAUGAAGCUCAUCGUUUAAAAAAUAAUCAAUCUACUUUCUUCAAAAAUCUUCGCGAGUACAAUAUCAAUUAUCGUUUACUCCUAACUGGUACACCCCUGCAGAACAAUCUUGAAGAGCUUUUCCAUUUGCUCAACUUCCUUGCACCUGAUCGAUUCUUCGACUUGGAGUCUUUCACACUGGAAUUCGCUGAGAUUUCCAAGGAAGAUCAGAUCCAGAAGCUGCAUUCUCUACUGGGUCCCCACAUGUUGCGUCGCCUGAAAGCUGACGUGCUUACAGGGAUGCCUUCCAAGAGUGAACUUAUUGUUCGAGUGGAGCUCAGUUCGUUACAGAAAAAGUACUAUAAAAACAUACUUACUCGCAACUUCGAUGCUCUGAACGUCAAAAACGGUGGAUCGCAGAUGUCCUUGAUCAACAUUAUCAUGGAGCUCAAAAAGUGUUGUAAUCAUCCUUAUCUGUUUGCUAAAGCCAGUAUGGAAGCGCCUAAGCUUAAAAAUGGAAUGUACGAAGGAACUCAGCUGAUCAAAAAUGCUGGAAAAUUUGUUUUACUGCAGAAAAUGAUGCGAAAACUUAGAGAAGGAGGUCAUAGAGUUUUGAUAUUCUCCCAAAUGACCAUGAUGUUAGAUAUUUUGGAGGAUUUCUGUGAGGUGGAAGGAUACAAGUAUGAAAGAAUUGAUGGGUCUAUCACCGGACAAGCAAGACAGGAUGCUAUUGAUAGAUUCAAUGCUCCUGGUGCGCAACAAUUUGUGUUUCUUCUUUCUACCCGAGCUGGUGGUCUUGGUAUCAACCUUGCUACAGCUGAUACUGUAAUCAUUUAUGACUCGGACUGGAACCCUCAUAACGAUAUACAGGCAUUUUCUCGUGCUCAUCGCAUUGGUCAACAGAACAAAGUAAUGAUUUAUCGCUUUGUGACUAGAAAUUCUGUUGAAGAACGUAUUACAUCCGUUGCAAAGAAGAAGAUGUUGCUCACUCACUUAGUUGUCAGAGCCGGUCUCGGUCAGAAGGGACCUAGCAUGAGCAAGUCCGAGCUUGAUGAUGUGUUACGGUGGGGCACAGAAGAGCUGUUCAAGGAUGAUGAGCCAACAGGAGAAACAGCUGAAGGCGAACCUGGGAAGAAGGCUAACGAAAAUGAAAUCGUGUGGGAUGAUGCUGCUGUUGAGGCUCUUCUAGACAGAGAGAGGGACACUGAACCAAAGGACAAAGACGGAGAGAAGAAAGAGCACUGGACGAACGAGUAUCUCAGUUCAUUCAAAGUAGCUACUUAUACUACAAGGGAAACUGAUGAUAAAGAAGAAGAGGAAGAGGAGGAAAUGGAGGUUAUCAAGGAAAAUGAUAAAGAGCCCGAUCCGGACUAUUGGGAGAAACUUCUUCGACACCAUUAUGAGCAAGAUCAGGAAAUGGAAGCACAAAAACUCGGUAAAGGCAAAAGGCUCCGAAAACAGGUCAACUAUGCAAGCGAAAAUAUGGGUCAAGACUGGCAGAAUCGUGGUGGAGAGCAGCAGAAUAAUGACGAUGAUGAUCUCUCUUCGUAUGAUGGAGGUUCAGAGAAAGCUUCUGGUGAACACUCUGACGAUGACUUCGAAGGCAUCGGAGGUGAAAAGAAGAAGAAACGAGAACGUGACACUGAAAAACUCCCGCCACUUCUUGCAAAGGUCAAUGGUCAAUUAGAAGUUCUUGGUUUCAAUCCGAGACAGCGGCGUGCCUUCUACAAUGCAGUUAUGCGUUGGGGUAUGCCACCACAGGACGCCUAUCAAUCUCAGUGGCUUACACGUGAUCUGAAAGGCAAGUCGGAGAGAGCUUUCAAAACAUAUACGUCUUUGUUUAUGCGGCACCUGUGUGAGCCUGGCGCAGAUAGUCAGGAAACCUUUAAUGAUGGAGUUCCUAGAGAGGGCCUCAAUAGGCAGCAUGUGCUCACGCGUAUUGGAAUAAUGAGCCUCAUUCGGAAGAAAGUUCAGGAAUUCGAACAGGUCAAUGGGGAGUGGUCAAUGCCAGAAAUGCGUACCAAGGUUUUGGAAGCUGCGGGAGCCAGUACAGCGAAGACUACUUCUUCAUCCAAAGCUAGCAGUCGGGAGCAUAGUGUAGCUCCAGAGGAUCGAAAGGAGGAAAGCAGUGACCCUCCAACUGAAGCGCCAGAACCAGCCAAGACGGACACUGAAGACGCAGUAUCAUCUGCAGCGGAUUCAAAAGAAGAUUCCAAUGCAACUUCGGCAGUUGAAGAAGAAAGUGAUAGUGCAACCAAAAAGAGUGGACGACCUCCUUUCAAGUUCAACAUGGCUGAUGGUGGAUUCACUGAACUGCACACAUUAUGGGUUAACGAAGAAAAGGCUGCUGUCCCCGGUAACGAAUACGAGAUCUGGCAUCGUAGGCAUGACUACUGGCUCCUUGCUGGAAUAGUGCAAUACGGUUACGGGCGGUACCAGGACAUUCAAAUGGAUCCACGCUUUGCAAUAAUCAAUGAACCAUUCCGUCAAGAACAAGGGAAAGGAAAUUUCCUUGAAAUCAAAAAUAAAUUCCUGCAAAGGCGUUAUAAGCUGCUUGAACAAGCCCUAGUGAUCGAGGAGCAGCUCCGACGUGCUGCUUACAUGAACCUCCAGAAUAGCACAACUGAUGGAACCGCACAGUUAGCUCAGCGAUUCGCAGAUAUAGAAAAUGUGGCUGAUUCGCACGCGAAUGUCGCCAAAGAUUCUGCAGCCGGCAAUCGAAAUGCCAAUGCUGUUCUCCACAAAGUAUUGAAUCAAUUGGAGGAACUGUUGUCGGAUAUGAAGGCUGAUGUAUCUCGCCUUCCUGCUACUUUAUCGCAGCUUCGGCCUGUCACACAUCGCUUGGCCAUGACUGAAAGACAAAUCUUGUCUCGUCUUACAUCAAAGGAUCCUGAUGCUAUGGCUGGUCGAUCUCCUCUGCCGCCACCUGGUCCGUUCGUGACGCCCACUCUGGGCCAACAGCUUUCUGGUAUCCAGCCAAAAUUCGCAGCACUACAUCAGCCGGGAAAGGAUGUCGAGCAUGUUUGCGGAUGUUACCGACUCUCCAACUUCGUCAGAUGCUCCACCAGAGAAGAAACCGAGAAUAAUGCAUCUAAAUCGGCAGUUGAGGACGAAACACCCAUGGAUCUCUCUGCACCACAACAACCCUCACCAUCAGAGAAGCCGGCUGAGAAAGCAAAAAGUACGCAAGAGGUCUCUACUGCUUAA